AUGGAUGGAGGAAAGGGGAAAAACCCCCCAGCCACUGGCAGGCGUCGUUCGUCGACCUUGUCCAACCUAAGCUUCCUGAGAGAUGCUGGCCCGGCUAUGGAUCGAAGAGUGAGUGCUACGGCUACGGCUACGGGUCACAAUCCCGACCUCUUGCAAGCUCCAGAUGCUUUCAACGGAGCUUCAGUACGUCGUCGUGUGUCUGUUAGCGAGAAGACACCAACGCGAUCAUUCUAUCAUCGAACAUUUAAUGGGCCAUUGGACACUGCCCAAUACUCCUCACAAGGAGUUAGAGAACGAACUGCAGAGCUAGAGUCUCUUGCCCUAUCAGACGCCGAAUCAAUUAGCCACAAGUCACUCUCGGGUUAUGCAAGUGAUCUAUCUACCUCUGCUGGGGGUUUAUUCGCCAGGGAAGGCUGGGUUGUAGAUGGAGUAUCAGAGCGUCUUACUCGCUCUCGGUCCCGGCCUGAGGCAAUUGAAGAGAGGUCCGAACCAACUACCCCUGGAGGAUCUGCCUUUCCCUCUUUCGUGGGUGAAUCAGCCCUGACUGCCAUGCUGCGAUCGUCUCCAACGAGCCCCUUAAAGAAGUCAACUAGUGCUCCUGCACAAUCUGGGAGAGGCCCGACUUUACAAGAACCCGAUGAGGAUGACGAGGAAGGGCACGCUGGUCACCACCGCCCGGUGACAUCGAUACCUCGGGUCAUAGACCCCGAACAGGCUCCGUUGAUCAGAGUUCAGAGCAGCUCCAAAUAUGGUGCCAUACCUGACGACCUUGAAGAAAAUGGACCCCAACGGCCGGAUUUAGCGAGUUUGGGUAGGUGGGUGACUUCGCAACCUCCUGCAUGGGUAAAGAGCAUAUUCAGCCCACGGACCUGGAACAAGAAAGCCAUAUAUGAAAAUGGAGUAGAGCUACCCCUCAACCUACUCCCAGCUGUCUUCUUAGGCCUGCUCCUCAACGUACUAGAUGCCCUUUCCUACGGAAUGAUUCUCUUCCCGCUGGGUGAACCCAUUUUUGCCGCCAUGGGAGCAGAUGGUAUUGCCAUGUUCUACGUCAGCACCAUCAUAUCCCAAUUGGUCUUCUCCUGCGGAGGCUCGGUAUUCAAAGGUGGUGUCGGCGCAGAGAUGAUUGAGGUUGUCCCAUUUUUCCACGCAAUGGCAAUGCAAAUCCUCAACCGUGUUGGAGAAGAUGAUCCCCGAGCUGUUUAUGCAACAACAAUCCUAGCAUUCUCUCUAAGUGCGAUCCUCACGGGUGUCGUAUUCUUUAGCAUGGGAGCGUGUCGACUUGGCUCCUUAAUUGGUUUUUUCCCCCGCCACAUUCUUAUUGGCUGCAUUGGUGGCGUGGGCUGGUUCCUUGUCGUUACUGGUAUUGAAAUAUCAGCUCGACUAUCAGGAAAUCUAGAGUACAGCCUUAAAACGUUAGAAAAGCUUUUCCAGCUUGAUACAAUACCUCUGUGGACGGUUCCGUUACUCCUUGCCAUUGGUCUUCUUGUUCUGAAGCGUUUCAUACGUUCUAAUUUCCUUCUGUGUGCUUAUUUUUUGGCCAUCGGGGUUGGGUUUUACGUUGUCAAGUUUAUUACGAAUACUUCUAUGAGUUCAUUGAGAGAAGGAGGGUGGGUUUUUUAUGCUCCUGCAUCUUCACAGCCAUGGUACCAUUUUUACACGUUAUAUGAUUUUUCGGCGGUUCACUGGUCUGCACUUGCAGAAACCAUUCCAGCAAUGUUUGCAUUAACAUUUUUUGGCAUUCUUCAUGUUCCUAUUAACGUUCCUGCGCUUGGCAUUUCGACUGGCGAAGAUCAUCUGAAUGUAGACCGAGAGCUGGUCUCACAUGGAAUCUCCAAUGUAUUUUCUGGGUUUGCUGGUAGUGUGCAGAACUACCUUGUAUAUACGAACAGUCUUCUUUUCAUUGCCAGCGGAGGCAAUCACCGACUAGCAGGGAUUAUGCUGGCUAUUGGUACGUUUGGCAUUCUUGUCAUUGGGCCUGGUAUAGUUGGGUAUAUUCCGAUCAUGGUUGUUGGUGCUCUGAUUUAUAUGCUUGGAAUUGAGCUUCUCGAGGAAGCGCUGGUUGAUACGUGGGGGAAGCUGCAUAGGCUUGAGUAUCUGACAGUUGUGACUAUUGUUGUCACAAUGGGAGCAUGGGACUUUGUUGCUGGUAUCAUUGUGGGUAUCAUUCUCGCGUGUGUCAACUUUGUGGCUCAAACAUCACAAAAAUCUGCGAUAACAGCAACAUACACAGGCCAAGUGGCCCUUUCUACCGUUCGGCGACACCCGCUGCACGCAAGGUUCCUACGUGAAGCAGGAAAACAGACAUUCGUCAUCAAGCUUGCCGGUUUCCUCUUCUUUGGGACCAUCGUCAGCGUUGAAAAGCGGAUACGCGGAUUGGUGGAUGCAGAAGCAUUCAGCGAACGACCCAUCAGAUUCCUAGUACUGGAUUUCUCAUAUGUCAACGGACUAGACUUUUCCGCUGCCGAAGCCUUUACCAGGCUGAACAGGAUACUAAAGAAGAAGGGGGUGCAUAUGCUUGUAUGCGGCCUUGAUAUCACGGGCGAGGUUGCGAAGAGUCUGCAAAACGUCGGUCUGUUUGGGCUGGACGAUGCGGUUGAGAUUUUCCAAGAUCUGAACUCUGCGCUUGAGCACUGUGAGAACGAGUCCCUGAAGGCGAUCCACGAGCACAGGGAGACUCCACCGGGGCUAUCUCCUGGCGAAGGAAACCUGAAGCCAGUAAACAAGGCCCACGCGCAGACGCUGGCGGCCGACAUGGCAGCCAACAGCCCUCGCGGCUAUUACCUGCACCAGCUAGCGUCCAACUUCCUGCGGGAGGAGGCCGAAGACACUCGGUCAGGCAAGAUCCUGCACAAACGCCUGUCGCCGGCGCAGCAGCAGCAGCAGCCGCUCCCGCUGCUUCUCCAAACCUUCCAGGGCCUCAGCACCAAGUCUGCCGAGUUCUGGCUUCCCGUGUGCCCAUACUUUACACGGGCCGAGUUUGCAGCAUCGUCGGUGUUGUACCGCGAGAACGACUAUCCGGACCAGUUCUUCCUGUUGGAGUCAGGUAUGCUACGAGCGGAACAUGCCACUCCACAAGGGCGAAGCUACUUUGAGCUCAUCGUGGCUGGCCGACCAUGUGGUGAGCUCUCCUUCUUUGGCGAGACGAGCCGCAGCGCGACGGUGAGGGUAGAGCGAGACUGUGUCGUUUGGACGCUGGGAACGAAAGAGUGGGAGACGCUCCAGGCAAAGGAACCUACUGUUGCAUUGGAGUUGCUGAAGGUGUGUUUGAAGUUGACAGCGGAGCGGACGGAGAGCAUCACAUCGUAA